AUGCAACCAUCAGGAUCACAAUGUUCUUUUCUAUGUGAAUAUAAACCAAGGGCUAAGGAAUAUUUAUCUCAUUUUACGACUGCGAAUUUGUUUCAACGAGACCACUCUAAUUCUCACACCCCCUACCCUCCCCCUCUCUCUCUCUCUCUCUCUCUCUCUCUCUCUAUCUCUCGCUUCUCACUUUCAACACAUUUUAACUUUUCUCGUUUCCUUUUUUCUGAUUGUUUUCUACUUUUUUUAUAUCAUCCAGAUAUUUACUUACUCGUCAGCAUAUCUUUGCAUCUAGCUUCCUACUCCUUAAUUCCUUUUACAGUCUUUUCUGACCGGCAUUUUUUUUUUCUUUUUAGACAUCAACAUAUCUGGGAACACUUUUCGGUCAACCUCCUGGCUUACUUUUUUUUCUUCCGUUACAUAGAUUUUUCCUCUGACAAUUUUCUUCCUAUUUACUCAUCCAGAUAUCUGGGAAUUUCCGCAGUCAAAUUUUGGAUCUUAAUUUUUUUCCAAACUUCUUCCCAUUACCUCUGCUUUGAUCAUCGACUUUGUUUCUCAACUCCUUCCCACUCUUUUUAUCCCUCCCUUCCUUCCUUCCUUCCUUCCUUCCUUCCUUCCUUCCUUCCUUUGUUUGUUUCUUUCUUUUUAUCUUUUUUUCUUUUCCUUCCAGCCAGUUAUAUUACUUGUCUCUUCCCCUGCAUUCCUUCUUAUCAUAAGCCCAUAACUUUUUACAACAAAGGUUUGCUUUUUUCUUUCUUUUUCUUAUAA